AUGGCGAAUCCAUUUACAAUCAGCUCAGCUGAUUCUGCUCCCACCACCACCGUCAACUCAACCAGUUCCGGGUUUUUAAUUCGCGUUGGCCUCUCUUGUCCAAAGUUUCACGUCGACGUGUCUACAAGCAACUACUUUAAUGUGCUCCGCAAUGUUGAGAUCGAUUUUGACUGCGAUCUUGCGAUGCUUGAUGAAUCCACUCUCUCGCAGUCUCGAUUCUGCCACGCAAAAUGCAGCCACCACGCGACCUGGUCUUCUGCAAUGAAGCAAGUUACUGUCCAAACGAGCACCACACUGAGGUGUUGA